AUGGCCAGGGACAACACCAAGCACCACAUAGUUGCCAUAGAGGCUGUUCAUUGCCCGAUUCCAAGCUUCGAUUUAGCCCAACCAUACUCUCUCGACGUUUACAGCUGGACCAAUGAAGCAGAUCUCACUUCCCGUAUUAAGGAUGCCACAAUCAUCUUAACCACGACAAUUCGACUAUCGGCGGGGACUUUGAGUCCCCAAAUCACUCCAAAACUGCGCCUGAUAGUGAUCAUGGCAAGUGGAACAGAUUGUGUUGAGAAGCCUGCUGCCAAAGCUCGAGGGAUAACCGUGUGUUACUGCCCCAGUACAAAUGUGGGUAGCGUCAGCGAACAUGCAAUUGGGCUCUAUUUCGCUACUCGGAGAAAACUGGUCAAUCUGAAUAAUAUCACGACGGCGGUGCCUGCGGAUAUGACUCAUGACACGGAGUGGAAAAUGAAUGGCUCAAUUCACAGGCGACUUCGUACUGCAGAUGGAAAGGCACCAUUGCUGUGCUGCGAUGAGACUGUGGGAAUCAUCGGAUACGGAUCGUUAGGGAAGCGCAUCGAAGUAUUGGCUCGCGGGCUUGGGAUGAAUGUGAUAGUGGCCGAGCGUAAGGGGGCUACUCCGCGACCAGGUCGGAUCUCUUUUGAAGAUACAUUGAGGAAGUCUACCGUAUUAAUUCUGUGUUUGCCGCGAAGUCCAGAAACGGUUAACCUGAUUUCGAUCCAGGAGCUACGCAUGAUGCCCGCUCAGGCUGUACUAAUUAACGUUGCUCGAGGUGGCAUCGUGGAUGAGGGCGCUUUGUUCCGUGCACUUAAAGAGGACAGCAUCUCAGGAGCAGCGGUUGAUGUUUAUGCUAGUGAACCUAUCGGGAGAGGAGACUCGCCUUUGUUGAACCCGGAUGCAGCAAACCUGAACUUGGUCUUGACGCCUCAUCUUGCUUGGUUCGCUGAAAGGACGUUACAAAAUCUCCAGGCCGCUGUAAAAUGUACCGUUGAGCGGUGGUGUGUAGGAGAUACGAUUAAUCAGGUAGAUUGUUGA